GCCCCGCAGGGAGCCUGGGCUGCAUCCCCGUGGGGGCGGGCAGUCGGAGAGCCGCUUCCGGGUGAGUCGCCCCGCCCCCACGUGGGCUUGCGCUUUUAGAGCGGGAGAGCGCAGUCUGGAGCCGCGGCUUGGAGCGGCGGGGACCGGCCUCCCGGAGCUGAUCUACAGCGGACGGACAGCACACGAGUCUACACCAUGCAUCACCAGUCCAUCCUGCACAGCGGCUACUUCCACCCCGUGCUUCGGACCUGGCAGACCUCUGCCUCCACCAUCAGUGCCUCCAACCUCAUCUACCCCAUCUUUGUCACGGACGUUCCUGAUGAUGUCCAGCCUAUUGCCAGCCUCCCAGGAGUGGCCAGGUAUGGCGUCAACCAGCUAGAGGACAUGCUGAGACCCCUGGUGGAAGCAGGCCUGCGCUGCGUCCUGAUCUUCGGCGUUCCCAGCAGAGUUCCCAAGGAUGAGCAGGGCUCCGCAGCUGACUCUGAGGACUCUCCAGCCAUUGAGGCUAUCCGUCUGUUGAGGAAGACCUUCCCUGACCUUCUAGUGGCCUGUGAUGUCUGCCUGUGUCCCUACACCUCCCAUGGUCACUGUGGCCUCCUGAGUGAGAAUGGAGCAUUCCUAGCCGAGGAAAGCCGACAGCGGUUGGCAGAGGUGGCACUGGCCUAUGCCAAGGCAGGAUGUCAGGUUGUAGCCCCAUCAGACAUGAUGGAUGGACGUGUUGAGGCCAUCAAGACUGCCCUGCUCAAACAUGGACUUGGCAACAGGGUCUCUGUGAUGAGCUAUAGUGCCAAAUUUGCCUCCUGUUUCUAUGGACCUUUCCGGGAUGCAGCUCAGUCGAGCCCAGCUUUUGGAGACCGCCGCUGUUACCAGCUGCCCCCUGGAGCCCGUGGCCUGGCCCUGCGCGCAGUGGCCCGGGACAUUCGGGAAGGAGCUGACAUGCUCAUGGUGAAGCCGGGAAUGCCCUACCUGGAUGUGGUGCGGGAGGUGAAGGACAAGCACCCCGAGCUCCCUCUCGCGGUAUACCAGGUGUCCGGAGAGUUUGCCAUGCUGUGGCACGGAGCCCAGGCGGGGGCCUUUGAUCUCAGGACUGCUGUACUGGAGGCCGUGACCGCCUUCCGCAGAGCCGGUGCUGACGUCAUCAUCACCUACUUUGCACCCCAGCUGUUGAAGUGGCUGAAGGAAGAGUGAUGGGACAGUGGAUAGGACUUGAUCUUGACAAAGCACCCUUGGGCCUUGAAAAGUGAAAACCAAAGUAAAUGCUGCUGUUAGAACUGUG